AUGGAUAUGAUUACGAAAGCAAGUACAUCAACUAUGGUCAUAGGCUGCUGUACUUUCCUCAUCCCUUUACUUUUUAAUACAGCUAUUUUAGCCAUUAUAAGAAAAACUGUCACGAUGGGACAGAAUAUGAGCGAUUCUCUCGGAUUCGUUCAACUGACACUAUCUUGCUCGUCCUUCUAUGAUACUGCUUGUGCUGUUGCUGACUUGAACCUCCUCAACUCGGAGAUUGGUCGUCUAGGCCUGGCCAUUUCGAUAAUCACUGGAUUGAGCAAUUGUCAGUUCAUUGGCAUAGAUCCUUCUCUUGGACCACUUAUGAUUGGGCUAACGGUACCUGUUGGGUCACCUAUAGCAGAAGCUGUUCAGAAAAAGCUCGAGUGCUUCGACACCUUUGUGCUCUUGCCGCCAUCUUACAUAAUAGCAGAUUAUUGUAGUAAUAUCGGCUUCCCCUACUUUCGGAUGCCUAUAGAGGAUUCCUUGUGUCUCGCUCUCCUUUUAAACUGCGACGGGAUAUUCUACAUGUUGUAUUUAAUGGCCAUGGUUGAAGCAGAGUUGAUGAGUCAACAAACUUACACAAUAAUGAUCUUCACAAAUCUAUUGAUAACAAUGGUAACUACGCCGAUAGUGAAACAUCUAUAUCAUCCUUCGAGGAGGUACGCGGGCUACAAGAGACAAACCAUCCUAAAUUCUGCUGUCAACAGUGAGCUGCGCAUACUGGCUUGUGUUUACAAUCAAGAAAACGUCCCCAGCAUCCUCAAUUUCCUUGAAGCCACUAAUCCAAUUACCAAAGAAAGCUUUGUAUGUAUAUAUGUUUUGCACCUCGUUGAGCUAGUUGGUCGUGCAACUUCCCUCCUCAUUGAACACAGAGAACAAAAGAAAAAACAAUUUACACGAGCCAACAGCCGUAAUUCUUCAGAUAAAAUUAUAAAUGCCUUCCACCAGUUCGAACAACAGAAUGAAGGAUACACAAUAGGGCAAUGUUUCACUGCAAUAUCACCGUUCUCAAGUAUGGAUAACGACGUAUCUCAGAUAGCAAUGAAAAAGAGGACGAAUCUGGUGACCAUACCUUUCAGUGAGUUAGACGAACAUCUUUAUCGGACGGUCAACCGAAAUAUUUUACAAAAACCACCUUGCUCAGUUGGGAUACUCUUUGACCACAAAAAUAGUUCUGGAGCUGCUAUUGAUGUUUCCAUGAGUUUGCAUAAUAUUGCCAUGAUUUAUAUCGGAGGUGCUGAUGAUCGAGAGGCACUAGCAUAUAGUAUGAGAAUGGCAGAUAAGCCCAAUUUACAACUCUCUGUUUUUCGAUUCACGCAUAUAAAGCCAAACCAAAAUGCAAAAAAAAAAGAUGAUGAAUUGAUAGGUUAUUUAUGGGACAAAAUUAUGAACACCGAAAACAUUGUUUACAAGGAAGAAGAUGUAACAGAUUGUGCAGAUACAGCAAGUAGAAUCAAAUGCCUGGAAGACUCUUACGACUUCAUAAUUGUUGGGAGACGACAUGAUAGUAGCUCACCAAUUUUGCAUGGACUUGAUGAAUGGUGUGUUUUCAAAGAACUUGGUGUGAUUGGAGAUCUUUUCCGUUUUGGUAAUGCAACAGUAGGCGUUUGUAGAAAAAUUAUUUGUCGAUAUACAAGUACCAACUGA